AUCCUUCAAGACAAACAUCAUCAUCUCAUCAUCACACACACUUCCAUUGUUACAAACUCUCUCUUCUUCAAACAACGCGUUUUCUCUCUUGAAAUUAAUUAACUAUGUCUAGCUCAUCGGAAUUCUCAGAGGUUUCCGGCAACAAACCGGCGAGGUCACCGGAAAAGUUGACAACUUUCUCUCAAACUUGUAAUUUGUUGAGUCAAUAUAUUAAGGAAAAGGGUUGCUUCAAAGAUCUUUCUCUUGGUAUGACAUGCAACACCGACCCAACUGGGUCUUCUGAGACAUCUUCUCAAUCUGCAACAACCAUGAAUUUGUUUCCUACCAUGGAAAACAACUUGACACCAAAGAAUCUUACAACUAUGGAUUUGCUCACUCCACAAGCUGCUUUGAACAAUUCCAAUGCUAUUAAGGGGCCUAAAGCUGCACAAUUGACAAUGUUUUAUAAUGGUCAAGUGAUUGUAAUCGACGAUUUUCCUGCUGAUAAAGCCCAUGAACUUAUGGCUUUUGCUAACAAAGGAAUUUCUCAAAGUCAGAACAAUUCUGUGUACACAUACACACAAAGCCAGCCUUCAUUUCCUCCUAAUUUGGUCCGAGCUUCGGUUGAUUCAACCGCUCCAGUUACUACUAUGAACAUCAUCCCUAAUACUUCCACCGGUACUGGCCCUCAAGUACUUUCCAGACCUAAUGUUUGCGAUCUUCCAAUUAUGAGAAAAGCUUCGCUUCAUCGGUUUCUUGAGAAGAGAAAGGAUAGAGUUGCUGCCAAAGCACCAUAUCAAGUUAAUAAACCAGCUGAAUCCAUGUCAUGGCUUGUGGGUGCCAAAUCAACUCAAAUCUGAUUAUUACAGCUAUAAUUAAUUUUAAUGUAAUUUUGAGAAUUUUUGGUUUAGACAAAAAACAAAUACUAUUUAGUCAGAUUUAUUUUUGCCAGAACUUUUUUUGAUAAAGUUUCGGGUUAUUUUUUCGUUGACUAGAUAGCAUAAUUAUCACUAUUAUUCUUGUUAAAUAGUCAUGGUUAAAAUAUAUAUGUUAUGAGAUUCUUUUAA